UUACAAUACGUAAUCGUGGACGAAUUGCACUUUGAUCUUGUGGGAAAAAACUCUUCUAAGGGAGUCAUUGGACAAGUCCAAAAGAAUUUGGUGGAUUUUUCAGCGUCUCCUUUGGGUCUACCCAACAUAGAGCGAUUAGCUGCUUAUGAUGUAACUGUUCCUUUUGUAACGUUAAAGGUUUUAACUAUUUUUCGACAUCCAAAAAAUACCCACACUAGAAACAUUUUCUUACUACCGUUUCGUAGUACCGUUUGGAAAGCAUUGCUGAUAAUUUUGAUAUUAACAUCUUUGAUUUUUCUGGCUUCACAUCAUGCUGGACCUCAAAUCUUGUUAUUAUUCAAUGAGCAGUGCGUACUACCAGUUGUAGGAUUUUUGAGUCAACAAACUUAUCUGAGCAAAACGUCCAAUCCAUCGUUUAGAAUUGCAAUGUUUGCAGUUAUUCUAUUCAGUUUCUUUAUCUAUCAGUUCUAUUCGUCAUUUAUCAUCGGGUAUUUAUUAGUUUUGCCACCCAAAAACCUUCGCUCUAUCGAGCAUUUGCUAGCCAGUAGUCUUGAAUACUCCAUCGAAGACCAAUCGUACAAUCGUGACUUUUUCAACCGAACCAGAAAUCCUACUGCAUUAGAGCUGUUCAAACGCAAGGUACUUCCUAACAAGUAUGGAUUUACAAACAUCACAUAUGGAUUGUCUUUGGUCAAACGUGGAAGCCAUGCGUUUCACUGCGAUACUUCCUAUGCAUACACUUUGAUACUAGAAUCUUUCAACGACCAUCAAAUUUGUGAACUUCAGGAGAUUGUACUGUAUCCAUUUCGAGCGAUUUACAUACCGGUACCGAAAGGAAGUCCGCUAAAAGAGAUCUUCAGAGUUACCCUAAGACGAAUCAUGGAAACUGGUCUGGGGCAGCGCUUGAAGAAGACGUUCGCUCCCGGGAAACCUCAGUGUAUCAGGAAAAGUUUUUCCUUCGUGCAAGUGGAGCUCUCAAAUGUUCUUGGUUUGUACGUAUUUUUGGGAGCGGCCGCUGGCAUAGCAAUGACUGUUUUAAUAGCGGAGAACAUUUUGUUCAGCAUCACGAGGUACAUGGAAAUGCGAAAAUUUCGACGACUGUACCCUGUGUGGUUGGAUUAACAAUAGCAGCGCAUAUAAAAACAAGAUAAGUUUCC